UUAAACUGUCACUGUCACUUUUAUUGCCUUUCAAAAAUGUCAAGUGAAAUUUUAGCGAAAAAUUUCAAAAAUAUUACAAAGUUGUCUUUCCAAAAUUAAUAUGUGACGUAGCAAAAAAAACUAUUCAGAAGUAAUCUCAUGUCCAUUCCUUAAUACAUUUUUUUCUAUAAUCAAUCAAAUGUAUAUGUAACUAUGUUGUUUACAUAACUUUAAGUUACGACUAUGAAGUGUCGUUAGAAAUUACAUAAAUUCAGUGUUCCAGCAUGUUAUUGUGGAUACAAAAAUAUUAUUCACGGUAGGCGACGUAGGCUGUAAACCUAGGUCUUUGUAUAACACAAUGAACGACCAACCGCCUUGUGAUAUCUUCAGGGAUACUUGGGUUCGAUACUUAGGAUAUGCCAAUGAAGUAGGUGAGGCGUUCCGUCCUGUUGUACCAUCAGCCUUGGUGCGGUUCAGUUACGGGCUAGCAUUCUCAUAUGUUGUAGCCGACACUAUGGACAAGGGAGUCAAGAUGUUUGUGGAAGAUGGCCGGCCGAGAAAUGUGAUGAAAGCUUCUGGAGAUGCCCUUUUAUGGCAAACUCUCGCAUCCAUAAUCUUACCCGGUAUCACAAUAAAUAGGUUGUGCGCUUACUCCGGUCGUGCCCUCAAUAAAUUUAAGAAGGUUCCUGCUCCGGCGCGCGCUUUGCUCACCGUCGGGAUAGGUUUGGCAUCAAUCCCAAUUAUCAUCGUGCCUAUAGACCACGGCGUCACCUACUUAAUGGAUCACACUUAUAGAAGAUGGGUCACAUAAUGUUUGGUUAUUAAUAAUAGAAUAUUUGAAACGUUUCUCAAUUUGACGGCCUUAUAAUAUACUAAAAAAAAUAUCAAUUUAUGCUGUUACAGUAAAAAACUUGCACAGACACAACGACUAAACUUGCACAGGACGCUAAAUUUCCAAGGGCAGCUAAUUUUGACCAAUCAGGUUGAUUCAAGUAGCGCGCUAUGGGGCGAUCUGCUUAAGCCCUACUGUAUGUGAUUGGGAGGGAAAUAUAGUAUGCUAUAUUUUAUAGCUUUUAGCUGUUAAAACAGUACUGAUAAUGAAUUUUAAUCAUAGGUUCGC